GGACGGCUUCGCCUACGCGCUCGUUUUUGAUCCCAGGGAGGUCGACAUCUACGUCUACAGGUGCUGGGAAGCGACAAACAAUGCCCUCGUCGCCGCCUCCGUCCACCCCUGGAAGAUCAAGUUUUCCCACGCCGUCGCUCACGCCGCUGCCGUUCGGCGGCGCCGGGGAUCUACAGGUCAAGAAACGGUGGGCGCUAGGGACCGAGCGACUACGCGAGGUGCAAAAAGAGUACCAUUUCUCCGAGGCGACGAUACAGCGCACACUGAAGGCGAAGCAAGCGCUCGAGCUCUCGGCUAUAUUCAAGAAGCUGCUCGAGAUCGAGGAGCACCGAGUCCAAAAAUUGGCUAUGCUACAGCAUCCGAGGGAUUUGCCGGACAAGAAGAUCUACGAGUACAACCCCUUGCGCGUCAUUAGGAAUCGCAAGCUCCGAAACAGGAAGAAAAUACACCUCGACGCGUCGCAGUGGGAGGAUCCGGGCGCGGUUGAACAGUGGGUAGAGGAUGUUGCCGCGCCGAUAUCCUCUCCUGGUGCGGGCGGAGUACCGCGGCCACCGCCAGGCAAUGGAAGGAAGUUGAAGAGGCCGAAGAUGGACUGGAUUGUUGAGCCGGAGGAAAUGUUGGCGGAUUACUAUUGGAUGCGGUGUGAAGAAUCUAAGCGCGAAGAGCGGGAGAGAGACUUGAGGAGCCAGAAGCGGAGGAGUGUCAAGAGCAUAGAAAGUAUGAGGGACAAACGCGUGUCUCUGGAAGUUCCUGAGAAUGAUGUGGAGGUUCGGCCCAGCGAUGAAGAUACCAGACGGAAGAUCAGCACCGACUCGCCACGCAAACGGAGGAUGGCGGCUGGUGCUAAGGAUUAUCGCCACUUUCUGAGGGGCGAUCAAGAGGGGUUCGAAAGCACGGCUACUUCUUCGGACGAGGACGGAAAUAGUGACUCCGACUACCUCUUUGAUUCUACCGACACGGAGCCAGAACACGAUCUAGCAACGGCGGAUGUAGAGGAGGAUCCCAAGCAUCAUCGCCGACGGAGGAAGCUGGGACGUAUGAUCAAAGGCCAUCACCACGGAAAGAAGAAGAAGAAGAAGCUGAAGCAACACGAGCUCGAAAUGGAGGAGAAGCGGCGGAUGCAGGAAUCGAAGUAUAUGGAUUGGAUUCCAUCGGAGACUGAAGAGAGAGGCCCGAUUCCGGUAGUGAGCAAUCAGCCAGAGUACAGAAAGAGUAUGGAUAUAGAUGAGGAGUACGAAUCAGCGCCGACGGGGAGAAGUCCCAGCAAGUUGACCGGCCGGAUCGUGACGGGGUUUCCUACAAUCUUUGGCGGCAGCAAGAGUAGCCUCGAGCGAUUUACUACCGGCAAUUCCGGCUUGGGGAUCGCUGUAGACAGAGCGGAUUUUGUAGUGCCUAGCAUCAACAUAUCACUCAGCCCUCCACGAGUGCGGUCGGCAACUCCAGAGAUCAGGGACGAUGAUAGAAGAGAUGGUAAGGUUGUCAAUCCGACAAAGAAGCUCCUGAGCAUUCGCAAAGAAGGCUUUAAGGAGAAGGACUUUGUCGAGGACAGCGGCCGAGAAUCGCUCGACAUGGAACGGUACAACAAGAAGCCGGGGGAGAAGGAGAAAAGCUCGGCGAUCGGGAAGGUCAUGUCUCGAGUCGACAAGCUCCGCAACGAAGUCUCCAGAGUGGAGGAUCUGAUACCGUGGAAGCGUGGAGACGGGACAAUGCCAUCGCCGACGGCAUCAAGUUUCACCGCAAGCGACGACGAGGACCAGCGUUCAUUGGUGCGACAAGGAACCCUCUCCGCAUCGGAGAGAGAAGAUCACGAGAAGACAAAGCUCAAGUCAGAGAAUUCCAAGAAGUCAAGACCGCCAAAUCACCGGAGCCGUUACUCUGUGAACAAUUUUCGGAGGAGCUUUGAUAGCGACCGCUCAAUCUCUCCUGAGCGUCGUGGUAGCAAGCUCAGGGAGCCUCUUGCGAUUCCACUAAUCUCCCGUGAGCGCUCACCAAUGGGGGCGAUCAAGUUUGAUGCAUUUCGUCGGAAAGCUGACGGCCAUCUGGGAUUGUCACGUCUCAACGCGUUACAGCCGCCGUUACAACAAUUCUCCGACGCCCUGGAAGAACCCACCAAACAGACUCCUCCCCGGCCGGUGGAUCCGUCGCCGUCCAUCUCUAAAUGCGACAUACAUCAUGCGCGGGCCAAACUCAUCGCCACCGGCAUCGUGGCUCGUGGCAUGUACAUAUCCGCUCCCUCGGUCUUCAAUCCACGCCUGCGCUCCAUCAACACCUCUACCAACCGUCUCGACACACUACUCGGCACUUACAACGUCCGCCGCAGCAGCUUUAUGGAACCAACCGCCCCGCGCUACCACAGCCGUGUCAACCGCGUUAGCAAGGAGGUAUCACAGAAUCUCACACCCGCUGUCCGCGCUGUCGCCGACGAAGCGGACCUUCUCAGCACCCGCGUCACAACGGAGCUCACACUCAAUGUCAAGAAGCUACAGGACGAGAUUUUCUCGCUUGCCCGGCGGCGUAAGGGACGCGGGAAGAUGCGGUUGCUCAGAAGGAUGCUAUGGGGCUCCGUCGAGUGGAUGGUUGUGGUCCUGCUCUGGGUGGUAUGGAGUGUUUUCCUCGCAUUCAGGAUUGUGAGGGGGUCCGUUACCGUGGGUGUUCGAAUGGUACGGUGGGUUCUCUGGUUGUAACGAUGAAACGGGAUUUUCAUUUUUUUCUUUGCUUAUCAGUUUGGUUCCAGCUUUUUAUUUUCAUUUUUCAUAGAUCGAUCACAGUACUUUGCGCAGCACAGCAUAGCACAGCACAGCAUAGCAUAGCAUAGCAUCGCAUAGCAUACCAAUCCCGAGCCUGGGAACCAUAAUCUUUUUUUAUCAGUUUUUUUCCUUAUUUGUUUUUUUCCGCUCAGUUUCAUUUUUUCAUUUGUUUGUUUGAGGGUUUAGGUGUAGAUCUGUGGGACCAGUGGGGGUGUGGGACCGGAGUUCAAGUUUUUUUCUUCUUUCUUUUCAUAGCGUGCAUGUUUAGCAUAGUAUAUAUUGCGUUCCGUGUGUUUGUAUCGUAUCGUAACUACCGUAUGUAUAUAGAAGGGGAAAUACUGCCA